UACAAUUUACAGAACGCAGCGAAAAUUUGCAAUCGCUUAUCAAAAUAUUGGUGCUCAGCUGCGAAUCUGUUUAUCCAAUAUCCAUUAUAUGUCUUAAAUGUAGUCGUAAUUAAACUAUUUUAGCUUCUUUAAAAUGGAGGAUGAAAUAAAUGAGUGUAUAAGGAAAAAAGUUCAAUGGAACCAAUUACCAGGAAACGUGAAAAAGUUGCUCAAUGAUGCUCCGAAGGAAUAUGAAAGAUAUAUAUUCGAUUUCAGUAUUAAAAAUCAAUUGAGAUUCAGGGGAAGCUUGGUGAGAACAGUGCGCAAAGAUGAGAGGAAGUAUUAUGAGAUGCUGGUGCAGAGCAGCAUACAGAGGCUCAUGCUCUACCCAUAUCACUUAGCUGAUAUGAUAGUUAAAGGUCUAAGGAUAACCCCAUUUAUUUAUUACAUAGAAGUUGUGGCAUUACUGAUAGAAUCUGAAAAGAGUUAUGAUACAAUGCCAAAUUUCACAGCUGCUGAUUGUCUUCGGCUCUUAGGAAUAGGUCGUAAUGAGUACCUGGAGCUUGUGGCCAAAGCAAGGUCACUAGGGCGUAGGGGCAAGUCGAAAGCGAUAAGGGGACUUUUGCCCCGAGUGCCCCUAAAUGUGCCCAUGCAACCAUGGUGGAGGGUUGAAUUGGGUUAUGUGCUGGAGGAAGAUGUUAAACCUCUAAACGGCGACGAAAAGGCGCUAAUUGACAUGCUCAUUGACCGCGGCUCGCAAACCGCCGGUACUCUCGAUUAUAAUAUUGUCAAGAGUCUUUACAGGCGUGGUUUGGUCUACCUAGAUGUCCCUAUAACGGGAGCUGAUAAAGUAUCAGUGCCUCCACUAAAGGGCUUCGUCAUGAAUAGAAUCGCGGGAGAUUACUUCGAGACACUACUGUAUAAAGUGUUUGUGUCCAUAGACGAACAUACCAGCGUCGCUGAGUUAGCUGGCGUAUUGCAGGUGGAAUGUUCCCUGGUGAAGCAAGCGGUAUCGCUAUACUGCAGGCUUGGGUUCGCUCGGCUCUUGCAGCCACCGCCAGUGAGCCCCCGACACGCGUCGUGGGCGCACGCGCUCACAACGCACGCGCAUCAGCCAUACAGGCAAAUAGCUCCCCUGACGUUUGACCCUAGAUUGGAAGAAGAUGCUUUACAAAUGGAGCCUGUAUUGCUAACUGAUAUGCCAUCUACUUCUAAACAGGUAGAAAACUUCGAAAGCACCACAAACAAUAGUGGACAAAGAGUUGCAGUAUUAUUUGAUUCCACCUUAGCCGCGUAUCUUAUGAUGGGAAAUUUGUCACCGGAUCUCAAAAGCCAUGCGGUGACAUUAUUUGAAGUUGGAAAGUUGUGCGAUGAAAGUCUUGAUAGCCUUCUUAUGGAGUUGGAUAAGGUUGCCGCGGACCCAGAGAUCGAAGGUGAAGCCAGAAGGUACUUGGCAGCGGCUGCCUGUUUACGGAUAGCGCUGCGGACGCUGCGGCCCAAGCUGCGCCCGCUGGACUUGCUGCGGUGUGAAGCGCUGCACGCGCUGGAUGCGCCCGCGCGGACUAGACUGCUCGCUACUAAGUAUAGGUUAGCGAUAUCAACCGCGCCGCUCAGUCGGGAGGCACGUGCAGGGGCAGCAGCCCAAGUAUUAGCGCACGUGGGCCCCGCGCCGCCCGAGGCCAGCUCGCCGUGGAUGCGCCUCUACCUGUACCACGUGGCGGGCUACGGGCCGCCCACGCUGCUGCUCACCAAGGGCACCGUCCUCCGUGGCGUACCACGCUGUCUCCUAGGCUUUUCCCGGCUCGCCGUAUCCUGGUGGACGGCAGAAUCAGAGGCCCCAGCGCUCCCAGCAGCCGCUGCACUUGCAGCUGCUAACAGUGCCCUACGGAGGGGCCCCGUGUUGCUGCAAGCCGCGGGCGUGAGGGCCCCGCCGCAUGUUGUGCACCUGCCCUUCCCGCCCGCUAGUGUGGAUGAUAGAGAAGACGCGCAAUGCCUCUGGCGCAAGCACGGCGGUUUACGGCGGUUGUUACGUCGCUUACGACUCACACGAACUGCGGGCUAUGUGGCCUUGGCUGAUAUAGGCGUGCCCGACUUGGGCUGUGCGAGACCGCCCACUGCUGUGCAACUUGUGCAACCUAGAAAGAAGAAAGAAAUCUGCGGCAUCGCGAAACCCGUAAGUGAAAUAUCGCUAUCGUCCAGCGAGUCUGUAGAAAAGACAACAGAGUAUACAAAGAGCAUAAAUAGUAGACUACAGUCGCCCAUAGAGUCGCACUUCGCUGUCACACCGACCACAGAUAGUAAAGCGAGUUCUCCAGCCAACGGCUUCACGAGCGCUGAAGGCGGGAAGUUACUCUGUGAAGAACUAGAUAACUUGAAUAUAGACACACAUACAAGCAAAGAGUCGAUAGUCGGCGAAGAUUUCGUGCCCAUACAUUCCUCAUCAACGAGCAUAGAAGACUUGAAACAUUCCAAAAUGUCCAUAGAAUCUAUAAGUGACGAUUUAGUUGCAAUACAUUCGACGCCAAGCAUCGAAAAUCUGAAGUUCGAUAAGAAGGAAGAUAAGUUGGGCGAUCAGUUGAGCGAUCUGUUGAGUCCUGCUGAGGAAUCGGUGUCGAUGUUCACGCAGUUGAGCAACAAAUUGUCCGAGAUUAGUGGUGAGGGUGAUAGUGGUGUGGAUACGGCGCAUAACUUUUCGGACGAUGAAACUUGUAAGCCGGAGAAAUGGACGAUACUGGACCUACAGUUUGGCAUUCCGCUGUUUGACGAGGGUUUGUGUGAGAAAGUCUGCCAGAGCAUCGUGGAUAGGAUAGCUAAGCCUGAAUUAAUAGAUAAAAUAAAAGAAGACAACGAAUUUAUACGAGCGGACUUGUUGAAAUUCGUUUCGCAGUGUCAGUAUUACCCAGGAGAGGACAUGGGUAUAGUAAAACGUGGUACACUAGUGCCCCUUCCAAGGAAAAACCUCGUGUUUGAAAACGGUAGGAUUAGCGAGUGGAAUGGAAAGUGACGUUAUAUAUUUAAAUUGAAAAUAAACCUAUAUAAGAACACAAUGUCAAUAUAUAGAAACACUUAUUUUUGGUGCACCAUGUAUGUUAGAUUGUCCAAUAAAAAUUAAGCUUGUAUUUAUUAAUUGAGGGUAGAUGUAAAAUAUAGUAUUAUACGAUUUUUGCAUAUACUAUAAAUAUUACAGUAAAAUAGAGUGUAAAAAGCGGAUUUAUUUUUCUUAUUUGUUAAAUAUGUUUCUUAGAAAUUAUAAUAUUUUUUUAUGUUAUGUUCAAUAAAUGAAUGAAAAUAGAAAAUACUAUAUCUUGAAAAGUAAACACUAAAACUUCGACCGAAAUGUUAGUCGUUCAUGCAAUAUUAAUGUGUAAGUUGUUGUAAACAAAUAUAGGUUAUAUUUUCAUUUCUUAUUUACCAUAGAUUUAGUCAAUGUAUGUAUAAUGUAUGAUCAAACAUUCAGAGACACAUAAAUUAUUAUAACGGUUUACAUGUAU